AUCGGAUAACAGAAUGUUUUGCGAUCCUUUCUAAGAUAGAUGGAAGGGAGGAUGUUUCGAGAGCGUGGAAGGAAGAUUAAGACCGCCGGAAAUUCGGGAUGUAAUAUCCGGCGGCCCUAGUUACACGUAGUGUGCGCCAGUCGGCUUUCCUGCCUUCAAAGUUGAAGCAGCUUCAAUACAAACCGGAGUAACGGAGGACGCUCACUUUUGGAUUCAACGAUUUUGAAUUUGAUCGAAGAAUCAGCUCAACGAAGGUUUCUAGGGUGCUUGCUGCCAAACGCACCGACAAGUAGUACAAGACUCGUUGCCAAAUUCCUCCACAUAACAACUACUGCCGUCAUCGCUUCAAAUUUGUUCCUCUUAAAAAAGCUUUAGAAUGCGCUAACAAAGCCACAACGCAACUUCAUCAUUAAAAUUAUCAGAUUUCUAACGAGAUUUCCGUAAGGAUCUCGUGAGAUUGAAAGUACAGAGGAGUUUACUUCGCGAGGAGGUGAAGAGGGACACAAUGAAGAGACUUGUCUUCAACAGGACGAAGUGAUCUUCGAAGAAACGAAGAAGCGAAGAGAAUUCGAAGCUUUGGGUCGGGCUAAUCGGGCCGGCGACGGGCCCGAUCGGUGUGAUGGUCUCGGGGUGGUGCCCGUGCGUGCCACUGGGGCGUCGGCAAUCGCCGACCCAGCAGCAACAGCAACAGCAACAACAACCGCCGUCGUCGUCCAGGGCGCCGUUCACCGUCAGCGGCGCGACCGAUCGCGCGGACAUGGUGCAGAUGUUCUACUAUGAGAACCGUGGCAAGUGUUGCAAGAAGCUUCUCAGAUACAAUGGAUACCCGAAUAAGGUCCUUUUGUUCCCCGAAGAGGGUUGGGCGAGAAGCGCGAGUAGUUCCUAUUGGACUUUGACGCCGUUCUGGUGGAGCCGGAGCCGGUGUAAGGUCGUCGAAGUUGCUGGAACAAGAAGGUAUAGUACUCAGGCGAAGAUGGUAGACACGGGUACGGGCACGCUUUAUAUUAUCGGUUCAUUCAAGAGGAUGACUACCGAUCCCGAUUUCAAGCUGUACCUGACGUCGAACGUCUCGUCGAGCGACUUCAAUAUGGGCUACAGUAUGACGGGCACGCUGGAGCGUGGCUGCAAGAAGACCAACUCCUUCCAGAUGACCCACUUCGCGGUGAUACGGCGACGGGACUACGAGAAGGCGUACGAAGACCCGAAUCCCACCUAGUGUCCGUCCACACCCACGCUCUCCGAGUGUGGGGACUGCGAGCAUUACACGUAGCUGGGGGAGCAAAGGGCCGCCGAGAGGAGCAAGAUGCAUUUCCGUGUGCGUUCGCAUUUGCACUGGGGGGGAGUGCAUCCGCCGCUCGAUGGAUCAUCGGGAAGGAAUCGCUACUUA